CCGCCUUAUCGCCCUGAGCUUCCACGUCUGCCCUCUCUCUGCCUUCCGCUCCGCUCGCCCAUCUUCUUUCCGCUCACUUCUUCUCCGCUUUCGCUCGCACUGUCAAUUUUGGGUGCGUAUCCAGAACAUCUCGACGACGCGCAGAGCACACUGCCCGCUCUACUACGCUACCCGGCGUUCCUUCUUCGGCAUCGUAGAAGUACGAAAUAUCCCCACAACCAUCACGCUCUGGCCCAGAUUGGCAGUAUAUCGCAAAGAUGCAGUAGGAUCUCGAGCCACCUUACCCCUCACACCCCACCAGCAGAUAAGGAAGCCACGCCUUAUCUCCGCCUGUACCACUACAGGCGCAGCACAUCCUAGUGGUACGCACGACCAUGAGCAAUGGCGAUGCUGGACACCAUCACGCCUUCUCAGACACACAGCUACAAGUCGAGGACAGCCAAGAUCUCUCGCAGUCACCUCACGAUCAUUCCACUGAUCAAGACGCCGAGCGGGAGCGCUCCCAUUUCCAGUCCGUACUAGCCUCCUUUGAAGCCUACCUCCCCUACUCUCUAGCAUCGAACAACCUACGGAGAAGGUCCUACUAUGCUCUCACCAGGAGUCAACGGGCCCUUCUCAGCUCGCUCGGCGGGAAACUUCUACGACCCCUACUGGACGAUGAAGAGCUGCAGGAGUCCUCGAGCAUGAACUCCAGCGGAGAGAGGGGAGACAGGAGCGGUCUCAAGGGCAGGUUGGAUGAGAUCGACGAUAGGAUACGCAGAAACGCUUCAUUCCUCGACGAGAUUGUCAAGGAGGCUCGAGACUUCAUCGGCGAGACAGACCAAGAAGCAGCAGGGGAGAGCUCAAAUAGCAGCAAGAAGCGCAAAGACUCUCCUGGCCAUUCUACUGAGCUCGCUGCUGAGAGUGAGCAUUCACACAAUCACGGACAUAGCCACACUUCCUCUUCAUCCCCUUCGCCGCACAUUCAGGACGUCGACAAGGUCCGCUCAACUCUCAAGCAGUUCGCUCGUGACUGGUCCUCCCUUGGCGCAGAAGAGCGCGCCCAUGCCUAUGAUCCCAUUCUGCAAGCCCUCGAUAGACUCUUCAUCUCCACUCCCCUCUCUGAACGUCACUCUCUCCGUCUUCUCUUCCCAGGUUGUGGCCUAGGUCGACUACCCUGGGAAGCAGCCAUGCGAGGUUUCUCCUCGCAGGGCAAUGAGUUUUCCUUUUUCAUGCUACUGGCUUCACACUUUGUACUCAACAAGACGACGAGGGUUCAGGAGCAUGUCAUCUACCCCUGGGUGCACACGAUGUCCAAUUGGCGUACCUCUGACGAUCUACUACAAGCAGUGCGUAUCCCAGAUGUGGAUCCCAAUGCCCUCACGCACCUAGCAGAGGCAGAAGCACCGCAGGGGGCGAGUCAGCACCCGCCCGACUUCUCCAUGGUCGCAGGCGAUUUCCUCAGCGUCUACUCCUCGUCCGCGGAAAAGGCAGCUUGGUCAGCGGUAUGCACUGCGUUCUUUCUGGACACGGCGCGCAACCCAAUAUCGUACCUUGAGACCAUCAGCCAUGUACUCCCUAUAGGAGGCUAUUGGAUCAACCUAGGCCCGCUGCUGUGGCACUUUGAGGGUACAGGGCCUGAUGGGAGCAAUUCCCUCAAUCCUCCUACUUCCACCAGCACCAGUCGGACAAAUGGACUCAGCGGCACUGCUAAUGGGCCAAACGGCAGCGUCCCUCCCGUCUCCAAUUCCCCACCUCCCUCAGCCCCGCGCGAAGGGAGCAUCGAGCUCACCCUCGAGGAAGUCCUAGACCUAAUCGAGAAGCUCGGCUUUACAAUCCAAGAGCGUCGUACCCUACCACGCCAGUCCUAUACGGGCCAUGCAAAUUCGAUGCUCACGUAUGAGUAUCAGUGUGAGUUUUGGGUUGCGAGAAAAGUGAGAGAGGUGCAGAGGACGGGAUUUGGUGUGACUGGCUGAGCAGGGCGGGUGUUUAGAGCGAGAUGGGCGGGGGAUAAGGUGAGGCGGGAAGAACUGGCGGUGACAAAGGAAACAAAGUAUCUGGAUGGGAGGGAAUUUGAUGGGUAUUGUACAUUGAAGAAAAAAGCGAACGCAAAGUCUAUAAAGAAUCACCUCUACACAUCUAUCCGGAAGUCUCCUUGAAGAAUUUCGCCUGGUAAGCCACCUCGGGGUUCUCAAUCUCCCUCUUGCUCUG